AAUGCUGAUCCAGCAGAGAGCUGCCUGAGAUCUGAAUGCUGAGCAGAGCAGGGAGCAGCAUGUGGUAGCUAGGAGCAGACUUUGCUUUGUUAGGUGAAUAAUAUGCUAAGAAGAAAGGUGUUUAUUUGUUUAACACAAGCUCACCUUGUGUUAAUGUGGAGGACACCGCAAUAACUAGCUGUAUCGGCCCUUGUCUACUUGACCCCACGCCUUGCAGUGUUACACAUGCCUGGAGCCGAUGAGCGCCUCCCUAUGCAUGACCAUCAGCAACUGCUCCACGGAUGACGUUGUGUGCAAGACAGUAAUGUACUCCCGAGAGGAAGUUUACCCCUUCGUGGGCGACUCAACCGUCAUCAAGUCGUGUGCUCAGAAAUGCAUCCCGUCCGACGUGGAUGACAUCGGGAGCUCUCGCCCCACCUUCUGCUGUAACUCUGACUUGUGCAACGUGGAUGGGGCGGUCAGCAUACAAAUCAGCUACGUGGUGAUGGGGAUUUCAGCUAGUUUCCUGUGCGUCCUCCUCAGAACUGGGCUGUGAGGAGCCAGGCAGGUGAAGCCUUUACUCCCGGAGCACCACCCAACAAGCCACAAGCCCCUCUUGGCUGCGCUUGCCAUCUGCAUUCCCAAUGGGUGGCCUUGGACACUUGUAGGAAGAUGCUUCCUCACUUUCUUAG